AUGGAAAUACCAUUCAAAUACCUGCACAGGCCACAGCAAUCAAGUCAGCGUGAUUUCGUUAUACAAACCAGCAAGUUUCGAUCAUUGGGUGUUGAUAUCGACUUUUCCAUUCUUUGUGGAGGCAAGCGAGUACAAGGGUGGCAAUGUCCAAAUGUUUCGAUAGGUGAUCAAAUCGAAUUUUUCGCUAAAGUAUUCUUGAACGAGUGCAAAUCAGGAGGCGAUAUUGCGGUUUCUAUUGGCGCAUAUGGUUAUCAAACCGUUUCUGCUAUGUAUAUCACACCAUCAUGUGGUUGUGAAUGUGAAAAAGUGCAGAAUCAGGAAAAGCUAUCACCAUUAUGUUAUGGCGCAGGUGAUUUAAUUUGUGGUGUAUGUGAAUGUCAACCAGGUAAAGGUGGAAAUCACUGUGAAUGUGACUUAAAGCAGCACAGCGCCUUAUCAGCUCAGGAAUUGGAAAAUAGAUGUAGAAAAACUCCGAAAGAUUUAGUUUGUAGCGGUAAUGGUCAGUGUAAAUGCGGUAGCUGUGAUUGCAGCGUCGAACACGUUCGUGGAGAUCAUUGCGAAUGUAAAAAUAUGUCAUGUCCAACUUCUAAUGACAGAAUGUGUGCAAGCCAGGGUGAAUGCAAAUGUGGCAAAUGUCAUUGUGAAGAAGGUUAUGCAGGUGAUGAUUGCUCGUGCACUCUCGAUACUUCUUCAUGUCUAGAAGGCGGAAAAAUUUGCAGUGGACAAGGUAGCUGUGAAUGUGGAAAAUGCGUUUGUUAUGAAGGUUUCACAGGAUUAACUUGUGGAGUAGUGGCUGAAAAUGAGGCAUUAGAUGAUGAAAUGCCUGAAUCGUCUGAUGGUGAGAUGGAUGAAUCCUCAAAAAAUGAUGUAAGCAAAGUCGGAUAUGAUCAAUUUCAAGAAGAGAAUUUAGAUGAGGUAACUGAAAAUAAGGUGAAGGAGGGCGAAGAAUAUGCUGAAGCAACAGAAGGAUGUGAAAUGGAUGGUCAAGAAGGUAUGAAAGCUGGUGAAACAUUGCUAUCAGUGGAUGAUGAUACUGGUAGUACAUCAGCUGAAUUAACUGAGACAAGAGUUGAAGCUGGUGACAGCAGUAAUGAUGAUGAUGAAGGACAAACUGCUGGUUGCUUAUGGAUAGAAAUUCAUUCAUUAAUUUUAUUAAUAUCAUUAAUGAUGCUUUUUUGGCCUUAA